CCUCCAGGGUCCCAUACUUGCCUCCAUGUUGCCUUCUAGAGAGGUGACCAAUGAAGUGAUUUUAUGGGUAGAAGACCAGGACUCCUAAGUUGCCUCAGUGUAAAGCCCAUCUCUCCAAAGGAGCUAGACAUUCUCUUAGACCACACACUCACAUAUGAUUCUCAUAAAAGCUCUAAGAAAGCUUGGUGACUUUGCAAAUUGUGGUGGUGGCUUAUAAGUGGCACCACACUAUCCAGGGAAGAGUUAUUUUAAAAUUGCUUCUAUUUCUUCAGGGAAAUUCUCAAACCAUAGGUUAAAAAAAAAUGGUUCUUUUUUUUUUUUUUUUUUCCUGCUUCUGACACACCAAAGCUCAGGGAUUUCAUGGUCAUGUAUUUAAAAAUCUGAAACUACAUUAUCAUCAUUUUGGAAACAACAAUUUCCAUUUCCACUUCUCCCUUGACGCUUCUGGAGUUAUACAUUAAGUGGGCCUCCUAAUAACAGUGACAUCCUUCAACUUUGGCUUCCUGAGCAACUGUAGCCUUUAGAUCUUAUGGGCUCCAUCCAAGAAGCAGAUAUUCUCCUUGUUUUCCAAGCAACAUGAGGCUUCUGGAGUUGUACAUUAACAGAGCCUCCUAAUAACAAUGACAUCCUUCAACUUUGGCUUCCUGAGCAACUGUAGCCUUUAGAUCUUAUGGGCUUCAUCCAAGAAGCAUAUAUUCUCCUUGUUUCCCAAGCAACAUGAGGGCUGUCAAGCUGUUGGUUUGCAGAGCUACCUAUAAGUGCUGAUAACAUAGGAACCAGCGGCUUCCCUCCCCGGGAUUGACAGUGAGCAUCACCAGCCAUUUGGGCAUAUCAGUACUUUCUAGGCAAGAACCACGUCCAUUCCAAAAUGGAAUCUUUGAAAUAUAUUGUUGUCAUGACGAGCAACAACAUCUCAAAGGAUUCCUUUGUCUAAGAGAGUAGCAGAAGGCUUUAAGUCACUUCUGUCAGCAUGUCCUCAAGGAUUACUAAAGCAAGUAAGAAUUUAGGCUAUGUUGAACACAAAUUAAGUAAUCUUCACAUUCUACAGUCCAGUGUCAAGUGGCACCACAUGGAGCAUUCAGCUACCAGCCUAUGGGACACAUACUCAGGUCUGAUAAGUAAUCAAGCCAUGAUCCUGGCCUUGAACUCCAGCUUCGUGGAUCCCGCAUUGCAGUUUGAAACUCAACUGAAGAUAAUAAAGUCAUCCUUUAAAAUGGCAUUUGCUGUCACAAAUCUUGACGAAGUGAGGGAAAUUAGGAUGAAUGAAGAUGACGAAGAUGACCUAGAAAGUUUAUACCGAACUAUUUUAAACUUAUUUGAGGACACUCUUCUGAUCUUAGUGUCUAAAGAUGUCUACAAACUGCAGAUCUUAAAGGAAAUGGUUGUAUGGAUGAAUGAAGAUAGUUCGUACAUGCAGGAGGAAGCCAUGGUGGUGAUCAGCAGAGUGCUAAGCUUUGCAGCCAGGAAAGUCAAGGGAUCUGCAAGUGUUAAUGCUCCAUGUCUGGGUGUCCUGGCAGCAGAGCUUUCUCUUUUGUGUUCUCAUUCUGAUCCCUCAAUCACACAACAGGCAUUUGUGGGAAUGUAUCACCUCCUUUGCAUUGCAAAGUGUCAGAGCGAGGGUACUGCAAAAAGUAAAAGUAAAAAGUAUGAUAAGCCUGAAAAUCAUUGUAUCCAGCCUUCUUCCUCUGGUACAGAAUUUCUACCCAAGAAUUUGCAAAAAGACAAAAGUAAAAUUGCUCAGAGUGUAGGAAAAACCUUAUUGCCACCCUUGCUGACUGACUUUGUAUGGAGUCUCCUGAUGAAACUCUCUGUACCUGAUCAAACAACUGCAUCUGAGGCAGCAACCGUACUGAAAUUGACUCUGGAAUGUAAUGCCCAUAAGGUUACCAUGGUGUCUAAAAUUGUGGAUACUAUUUAUAAGCAAUUGUGUGGAGAUGAUUCUCCCAUUUUGAGGGAAGCUAUGUUGCGGGUCAUCACUUUGUUGACACGUACUUCACCGAAGAAAGUCAUCUUUCAACUUAUGGACUACCCAGUACCAGCAGAUGACAUUUUGAUACUGAUGUGGUAUGCAGCCGGUGCUGAGUCAAGUGUGGUCCCUCAUGUACUGAAGACAAUCUUGUUGAUACUGAAAGGAAAGCCUAGAGAAAUGGAGAAAAUAACAGAAAGAAAACAUUUCUCUCUCAACGCUACGAAUAUGAUGCCUGUGGCGGCAUCCCAGGCCCUGUGCACAUUACUGCCUCUUGGUCCUUACAAGAAAGCAGUGGCGCAGUUUUUCCCCCAGCUUCUGAUGGCCCUCAUGCUUCAACUCUUCUACAGCAGCAACCUGAGACUGAUGACAGAAGACAGGCCUUUCUAUGCCCGGGAUGCCCUGAGAGUUCUGCUUAAUUGUUCUGGACUUCAAGAGGUGGAUACUGCGCUAAACAAAAAGAACUGCUGGAACCAGUUUUCACAAGUACUGUUUCACCAUCACGGAGUCUACCUUGUGGCCAAAACUCUCAGUGAAUAUAAAUUUCCACAGUUUCCAGAGACCUUGCAUUAUCUCUACAAACUCGCUGUAGAAGGUCCUAGAAGGUCAGAAGACAGUGUCAUCACAAUAACAUUUCUCACUGAACUUCUCAAUAAUUUCUUCAAGGACCCAUUCCCAGAAAAAUUUUUGGUUCUCUUCAGAAACUGGGUCAAUGACCCCGAUCCUGCAGUUUGCAAAUUGAGCCUUCAGAAAAUUGCCAGUAUGGCACCAGUUAUCAAUGAGAUAGAAAAUGUCUGCAGCUUAUUAACAUCCAUCUUGGAUGCCUUCCUUUCCAAAGACACAACUGUUAUAAUCCGGGCGUUGAUAACCCUAAGGAAACUUUUAGACAGACUGGACAAGGUGACCUACUCCUCCCUGUCUACCAGAAUUGCUUCCAGCUAUUGUCCUCUGAUGGAUCAUGCUAAUGGAGGUAUUCGGAGUAUGGCCAUUCACCACUUUGGUCAGUUACUCAUGGACAUGAGUCAGUAUACAUGGAUGCUAAAUGAUGUGGUUUAUGCAGGCUUGGUGCCUCUGAUCCUGUUUUUGGAAGAUACAGAGGAAAGAGUAGUUAAAGCAUGUAAAUAUACAUUAGAAAUCUGUGCCUCAGAAUUAAAAUGGUCAACAUUAUAUUUCCUAAAGGAUGAAUAUUACAAUUUUGAGUUGGUGGUGCUCAACAUCUGUAACAAUCUUCUUAUUUCUCAUCAAAAAUACAUUACAGAUUUGAUAUCUGAGACCUUAGGAUUCCUGGAGAGUUCCAGAAGAUACCUGAAAAGAGGAUCAGUUAUUUUACUAGGGUACUUGGCAAAAUUGGGUGGCCAUUUACUGCUCAGAGAUGAAAUUGAUGUCAUGCUUGAGGCUAUUGACCGAGUGAUUCGGGAUGAAGAUCCUGUGAUCAGGGAGUUGGCAGAAAUAACAAACAAAAUUCUUCUGGAAAUAGCACAUAAAUUGACCACCUCAACUAUUAAACAAAGCUUCCAAAGACUGUUUAACUUCAUCUACUUAAAAAAAUUGAAGCUUCUUUAUAAGUAUAACCUGCCCAAGGACCUGACAGGCAGUCCUAUGGGGAUUAAGGAAAUCAGGAAUGAUAAAGAAGCCAUCAUAGGUGAUCAUUAUGAAGAUGGAUUGGUAAAGAAUGAAAGUGCAUCGGUAAAGAAUGCAGGGUUCCCCAGUGCCUUGGAGCACUCCUCAGAAGAGAAAUGA